AUGAAGCUCGCUGCCCUCGCCCUCCUCGCCGUCGUCGCCGCGGCCCCGGCGCCCCUUCAGCACCCGAUCUUCCGAGUCGCAGACGGGUGUGCAGCCCAUUGCGUGAUCCCGAAAGCCAAAGAUGCGGGCAAGCUCCGCGAUAUCAUCUGCUCGCGUGAAGGGCGGAGACGGAUGCUCGAGUGUGCCACGUGCCUUGAUGCCGCGCCGGAAGAGCGUGUGGAGGCCGCGAUGGACGAGUACCGCCGGGUGAUGGCAGCAUGCGAAGCCGAACUCUUCAACGAGUAG